CGCGCGCGGCGGCGUUUGAAUGGCUCGGGCUGGAGCUCGGCCCGGGCCCCGAGGGACGCUCCGGGCUGCCGCGCGGUCGGGGCUGCCGGGCCGGGGGCGCCGCGGUACCAUGAGGCGCGACCUGUUUGGAAACGAAGUAAUGAUCAGAAGGAAAUUACUUAUGUGUACUUAAUGGCAUCGUUUGACUACUUAGUGAGCCCUACUAUAUUAUUAUGUGCCCACAACAUUGUUUGGAUGCUUUAUCAGUCUGGAUGGCCUGUUAUUUUAUAGUAACAACCCCCAAGUCUCAGCGGCUUCAAAUAACAAAGGUCUAUUUCUCCUUGAUUCGUCCUACAUGUAUUUAAGAGAUUAUGGCAUCUGAAGCCCACAAUGUUAAAAAACGAACCUUUUGUAAUAAUAUUGAGGAUCACUCCACUGAUCUUCCUAGAAAAAGGAUCUCUAAUUUUACUAAUAAGAACAUGAAGGAGGUUAAGAAAUCUCCAAAACAGUUGGCUGCUUACAAAAAUAGAACAGUUGGACAAGCUGUGAAAAGCCCAGAUAAACUACGCAAGGUGAUCUAUCGCAGAAAGAAAGUGCAUCAUCCUUUUCCAAAUCCUUGUUACAGAAAAAAACAGUCCCCUAGAAGUGGGGGCUGUGACAUGGCAAAUAAAGAAAAUGAACUAGCUUGUGCAGGCCACCUGCCUGAAAAAUUACGCCAUGAUAGUCGAACAUAUUUGGUUAACUCCAGUGAUGCUGGUUCUUCACAGACAGAAAGCCCAUCAUCAAAAUAUAGUGGGUUUUUUUCUGAGGUUUCUCAGGAUCAUGAAACAAUGGCACAGGUUUUGUUCAGCAGGAAUUUGAGAUUGAAUGUAGCUUUAACAUUCUGGAGAAAGAGAAGUAUAAGUGAACUUGUAGCUUAUUUGGUGAGGAUAGAAGACCUUGGAGUUGUUGUGGAUUGCCUUCCUGUGCUCACCAAUAGUUUACAGGAAGAAAAACAAUACAUCUCACUUGGCUGCUGUGUAGAUUUGUUGCCUCUAGUAAAGUCCCUACUUAAGAGCAGAUUUGAAGAAUAUAUAAUAGUUGGCUUAAACUGGCUUCAAGCAGUCAUAAAAAGGUGGUGGUCAGAACUAUCAUCCAAAACAGAAAUUAUAAAUGAUGGAAAUAUUCAGAUUUUAAAACAACAAUUAAGUGGAUUAUGGGAACAGGAAAACCAUCUUACUUUGGUUCCAGGAUACACUGGUAAUAUAGCCAAGGAUGUAGACGCUUAUUUAUUACAGUUGCAUUGAGAGAAUCUGUCUAUUAAAGAGCAUUUGAUUAUUCAAAACAUCCCUAGACUGAGCUUUCCAAAAAGAAUUUUCAUCUGAGAACUGUGAACUGUGGAAGAAAUAAAAACUUUUUUUUUCUUUAAAAAGCCGCAUAUGAAACCACUAAUGAAACCCUAAGAAUCUACUUCACAUUGAAGUGGGAAAAUAUCCAAAAGGAGCAGCUUCAACUUCAGUGAGGUGAAAGUGCACUAUGAGGAUGGUUCACCUUUGCUGCAUUUGAGAUUUAUAUGAUUAUUUGGUAACAUUGUUUAAGAACUACUGGGUCUUAAAAAAAAAAAAAAACAACUACUGGGUCUUAAUGCAAUCCUGUUUAAGAAUAUAAUUUAUACUGUGUCAAAAAGAAGACAGGACUUAUUACUAGGAAUCACAAAGACCAAUCAUAGUGACUUUUUGAAGAUUGUGUUUUAUAAGAAAACACUUAAAUGUGUGCAGCUAUUUUCUUAUUUUGAAAAGACUUUGCAAGUUUAAAUGUCAUAGCAAAUAAUCAAUACUAAAAAUUUGUCCACACUGAGACACUGUGUAUACAAAAAGCCUUAAUUAUUAAUAAGCCAAUGUGUACCAAUAUCUGCUUUAAAAAAUUAAAACCAGCCAUGCUUCUGGCAUGAUAAAAUCAUGGAAUCAAAUCAAGGGUUUCCAUUCAUGUAGAACAUUGUUGUUAGGACUUAUUCCAUACCAUUUUUAAAACUUGAGAAUAUUUCUAGUAUCUUUGAUUUUUUUUUGUCAGAAUCAUUGUCAUGUAUGUAUGUGUUAUUCCUAUAUAAAAAGAAAAAAGUGAAUAUGUAUUUGUGUGAAUGCUAACUGGAAAUGUCCAUGGAAUUGGCUAAUUUAUAUUCACUUUUUAUUGUAUAUAGAUUUCUAAUAUUUUCAGUUCUGUAUCAUUUAAACUUUCUUCAUUUGAGUAAAUUCACUAAAUAUUUCUAAUUUUUGCUUCAUUUAAUUCUACUUUUAUAUCAGUUCCAAUUCUUUUUCACUACUCAUGUUUUAAAGAAUUACAUAGAGUUCUUUAGAAACGUUUACAGUUAGUGCUGACCUUGUUUUAAAUUCCAACCCUUUAUGUUACUACCUCCUCCAGUGGUUGGUAUGAAAUGCCAGCAGACCAUAUAAGGUCCUUUUUUUUUUUAUGCCAUUUUUAGUGUCAGUGUACCCACUUCUGGAAUGUCUUAACAGCUGUAUAUCUUAUCUUGAAAGUGAUUGGGAUUUAAAUACCACUAUUGGUAGUUUGUGCAUCAUCUCAUCUUUAUAAGCCUGAGAGGUAUCUGAGCAAAGAUUUUUAGUAAUUUCUCUGCAAUAAUUCUAAAAGCACUUGAAUGUAAAUCUUUAGCAUGUAUCCAGUUAGCCAGUACUGAUGUGAAUCCCAACUUUUUUCCCUUAAAAAUGUUAUUUGUCACUGAGCUUUACUUUUUGUGUACCUAUAUUUCAUAUAGCUAUGUAUUCCUCACACUGAACAUCAAUUUUAAUAAUUGGUUAUUUCCUUAAGUCUUUAGAAUAAUUUAAGAGUACGGCAUUUCGGUGAUUUGAGAGUUGAGUUAUUUAGAAGUUGUUUUUCAGAAGGUGGGAAUUUGAAUAAUUGUCAACCUGCGUCAUCUCUGUGAAACCUUAAGAUGAUGAAAUAUAACCUUUCUUUGUUCCUAUUCCUUUAAUUAUCACUGUCUUAUCUAACAGUUUGAACCAGUUAACUCAGUUGGAGCAGGUGCUAAUAAGGCUAAGGACAGGAGUUCAAUCCUUUUAUAGGUUGAUUAGCUUUACACACAUACACAGAACUAUUCAUGGCUACAGAUUACAACUUAGGUACAUAUCUCACAAAUUCAGCUUAGUCACAAGGAAGGUGAUGUGUAUAGCUUAGCAUAAAACUUUCAUCUCAAAUGGAUAAACAACUCAAAUAAUGGGUAUUUGUGAUAGUAUAGACUUUUAAUCUAAUAUUUAAACAUAGUAUUAAUGUAAUAUCUACAAUAUUGUGUCACUGUAAUUUUCUCUGAGUAAGAUCAUUUUCUAAAUAGUAUCUUUUAAAAAUCAAAUUUCAAUAAAUUAAAUUUCAGUAAAAAUUAGAUACAAAUAAAACAUAGUAAGAAAAGGUGAAAUCCUAUUAACACUGAGUUCUUGUGUCUAAGUUUGAGUUUGUUAAAGGAAAGUAUACUCGGAGGUAUAUGAGGCAGUAGAGUCUUUAGCUCACAAAUACUAUUCAGUACCACACAACUCCUAAUUUAUGUUCUUGGCCCCAUUGCAGUUUAUGUUAGUACCUACGUUCCUCAGUUACUGAGUUGUGAUUAGUAUUAUUUUUAGUGCUAUUUUUAGAUUUUUGGAUAAAAUAGGUAAGUAAAUAACUGCUGAACACUUUGGUUGCUAUUAAGCUCCUCUUAUGCUAUUUAAUCAGAACAGUGUUGAUCUGAUCUUCAGAAAGAGCCAAAGAGUUUCCAAAGUACUUUGGCUGUUAUAUUGACCUACAUUAGAACAAUUACUGUCUGUCAUCACUCAUUUGUUAUUGUGCUGCUGAGCAGUAUACAGAACUGAGGGACUACCCAACAUCUCUAUGCCUUUCUACCUCUUCUACCCUCUUAGAUAUUCUGUACUUGACUUUGCUAACUUUGCAGGUCUAGGAACAGGAAGUUUAUUGAGAUGAUAGAGGGUUGUAAUCAAGUAAUUUGCUUCUACUAGAGAUAAAGUGAAUGAAUUUUGUAGUAAGUGGUCAUGAGCAGAUAAGGGUUAAAAAUUAGGAAGCAAGCAUUAUCAGAUGGUUUUUAAAAUUAAUCAUUUGGCAGUAAUUUCAAAAGUAAUUUAACAGAUUAUUUACUUGAAUCCUGAGAUAUGAGGUUUGGAUAUAAAUACUGUAUCUACUUGGGGAAAUCAUUAAUAUCAGCACUAAACUCUAAGGGCUACUAAGGAAUGAAAUCUUUAUGCCCUUAAACAUUCUUGAUACAUGUUAUAUCCUAAUCUUAAAAAUGGUCAUAUGGACUCAGGGCUACAUUUCUGGCUUUUGAAAUAGUAAUAAUUUUCACAAACUUAGAACAUUUCUGUAUUUGGCAAGUUGUUGGUAUAAUUAACAUGAAUGGAUAACUUGAGAAAUGAUUAUUAGCUAUUAAAUGCUGAUAGUAGGAAUUUAAUAUAAUAUUAAAUAUUUAGCUACUUAAAUCAGUCAAGGAGCUUGAAAAGCAAAUUUUAAGUUAAUAUUUUAGCAGUCACUCCCAGUUAUCUUCCUAUUUAAGAGCAAGAUGGUAAUGUCAAUUGCCUUUGUUGAUUUAAAGAAGAAAAAAAAAGAAUCACAAGCAACUGACUUAACUGGAGUGAUCCAUGUGGAUGCACUACUUAUAUUUCAAUAUGAAUUUUUAUUUUCUGGAUUACUUCAAAUGGAAAUAGUAUUGCUGGACAUUAGCUGGUAUUCAUUCUCCCUUAAUUUCUAACUCUAUGAAAAUUGACAUAAAACUUUGUGACUAACUACUCCUACUUUUUUAUUCUGUAACAAGAAUAUAGAAUUAAAAAAUUCAUCCCUAAACACUGUA